AUGGGUUUCUUCUCAAUUUUCGCCGCAAUUUUAGUGGCAAUAAAUUGUGGUUUUGGGAUGUUCUGGAAUUGUUCGAUAUUUUCCGGAUUUCUCGUCGAUCCUGGACAACGAACCUCGUUCAAUUUGAUUUGUGUUUUUCGCGCCAUUUCGAAUAUUCAAAUUUUGGUUACGGUAUUUGCGAUCGAUUUUGUGACACAGGCCUUUUUGUGAGUUUUUUUAAAGGAAAAAUUGAGAAUUUUGAAGUACAGUAACCCUGAAUUUUAUCUUCAGAAACACCCAAAUUUUCACCCAAAUCUUCUCGAGUUGCAUCAUCGGAAUGGCCAAUUCCCUCCACAAAUCUCUCCAAUUUCUCACUUUUUAUUUAUCUUUCAAUCGUUUCAUCGCCAUUUUCGCCCCAAAAUUCUACACCAAAAUCUACGGAUUCACAUUGACUUUGUUGGUUUUGAUUUUCGUGUUUUCUUAUCGAUUUUAUGUGAUUUAUGAGGAUUUGACAGACAAUAUACGUGGGUUUUGAGGGAAUUCGAGGACCCUAUAAAAUUCUGAUCGUUUUGAUACCCCACAACUCAAGGUUCAAUAAAAAUUAGGAUGUCUCUAGGUUUUUUAAAGGUACAUACAGUACUCUGAUCGAAAUUUUCAAAAUUUUCACGAGGUUCGAAGCAUUUAGAUAUCUCACAAACAUAUUUUUGGAAGAUUUGAAGAUUUCGACACCGAGUGUAAGGCAUACUAUCUUUAAAGGAACAUACAGUAUUCUUUACAUGAAUCUCCGAAUUAUUUUUUAAAGGUACAUACAGUAAUCUAAUUAUCCAAUUUUUAGCUGAAAACUGCACAGCAUAUCUGGAUUUCAACACACUUUCCUACACCAAAACUUCAAAUUGUUUCGAUUCGAAAAAUCUUGCUGCAACUUUCGCAUCCCUAUUUUUCAAUCUCCUAACUCUCGCCAAAACCCUCAAAUUCUACAUGUUCUACAAAAAAUCCGACCAACAAAUCCUUCGAACUUCUCUAUUAUUUUUCCAAGUUUUGCUACAAAAUGCUCUCGAUUUUCUAUUUCUAUUUUCAUCGAGUUCUUUUCUUGGUGACACAUUUGUUGGCAGUGUUUUUUGUUGGCAAUUUUGCCACGUUUUUGAUGGUUUUUUGAUGUGGAAAUUUGGCGGGAAAGUGAGGAUAAUGAGAAGAAAUGAAGAGAUUUCGAAAAGAAGAAUGACUGUUGAUAUUUCACAUAUUGGAAGAAGAAGUUCGAUGAUGCCUGAUGUUAAUUAA